AUGGAGUUCGAAAUGACACGUAUGGAGAAAAUGCUUAACGAAGAGAAGGCCUGUUUUUCAGGGAUAAAAAAGAUGCUCAAGUGCAUGGAGAAGAAGCUCACAGAGAUAGCUCCACAAGGUCGAUACUCUGAUACGGCAUAUGAAAUCGAACCAGCAGAAAUGAGUCCGGAUAUGCCAGGGAACACUGAAGAAAAAGAAGAUUCCAAGCCAACAGAGCCUCAAUCUGCCGACGAGUACCUAGCAUUGCUUAUCGAGGAAAGUGGAGAAAGAGACGAGCAGACAACAGAACAGAACCCAUUAUCAAUCGAUGACGAAACAGUAACUAAAGAAAGAGAAAUGGCAAACAACGAGGUUGGAGGAUGUGGACAGGAACCGAUGGAGGACGAAUCGACACCGGCUCCGAAUGAGCCAGUCCAAAAAAGAGCAGAACAAGGGAAGACAGAUGGAGAAUGGAAGAUGAACUGGAUAAACUCGAACACAGCUUCAACUACUUGCCGAAGCGAAAAAUUUAGGAAUUCACAAAGAACGCAGCGUUUUCUCGAUGCUCCUUCUGCGGUCAGCAAGGAAAACACUUCUCAGAUUCAUAUCCCAGAAUCACAAGAAGAUUCGAUAGAUGGGAUUUCAUUGAAGAUAAUGAUGGGUUGUGCCGUCAUUGUCGAUUGUAGUCAGAAAGGAUGUUCAAACAGAUCGAAUAAUUGCUGGUACUGCGAAAUUAUACUGAAAAAGGCGCCAAUUCUGAGAAGUUUGGCUCCUCAGAAAUACCAUCAUCGAACGCUUUGUCCUAUUCCAUACACAAAGCCAGAAAUUGCUGCUAGAAUCAAAAAGAUGGAAAAGAAGCUCUUUCACAGUACACCUUAUUAG